GCAGAAGCGGAGCAGAGUCAUGGAGGCGACAGCGACGCAGCGUCAGUUGGCGCGCAGGCGCCGCGAAGGCAUCGCCCAAAGGAAUCGCCUGCAGCAGCAGCAGCUGGGGACUGAGCGGUACAUGGGGGAGAAGAGCUACCGCACUUCGGGCGCCCUGAAGCGAGGCCGGGGGGCGGCCCCAGUCGCCAGCACAGCCGCCACCUACGUCGCCGUGGUGCGGCCCAGUAACACCUCCACCCGGAUCGGCGCCACCCGCACCACCCAGCGCAACGGAAACACCGGUCGGGCGUCCCCCAAGCCGCCGCGUCAGAUGCUAAACACCAAGUCCCUUUCCCAUGCCAAUCCCUACGAGAACUUCUCCACCCGCGGAGAGCGAUCUCUGGCCCAGCGAAGUAAGUUGGCCGACACCAGGACCCGCACCCGGCCCCCCGCAGAGCCCUUCCGCACCUCCUUUGGCCGCCAGGCAGCCACCGCCUUCACCCGCACCCGUGCCACUGCCGCCCAUACCUCCGCCACCAAGACACGCUCCAAUUUCAAGUCCAUCAAGCCCAAGGUCGACUGCCAUCUGUGCCCCCCCUCGAAGAGUCACUGUCACGGCCACGCCCACUCCUCGAUGCCCAGCCCCCAGACCCUGCCCGGCGGUGGCCAGAACAAGUCCCUGGCGGAGGCGCACCAGCAACUGGAGCUGCUGCUGACGCGGAUCGAGCGGGCGAGCGACUACCUGCCGCCGCUGCCGCUGGCAGGAUUGCACGCCAGCUGCUCAACCACUGGCUCUGUCCGUCAUGGGGCCCGCCGCUUGGGGGCAGGCCAGGGCCAGGGCGCCGCCAGGGGGGCGAAGGGGUUGCGGCGGCAGUGGGCGCCAACUCCACCGGCUCCAGCCGGGUCGCCGAUGGCCAGCGCAAGGGGAACCUAUUCCCAGUCGCAUAUGAAGAUCCGCAGCAGAGGAGAUUUUUCAGAACUGAUGGGAGUCCGGGGAUCGGGUGGCGGCUCAUCCGGUGACGGAUCCGGAACGCAGGACGAGGUCGAGCAGCCGAGCGGCAUCGUACCGCUCACCUGCAAUCCGCAGCAUCUGCCGCCGGCGAAGCGGGAAGCGCUGCUGAAGCUGCUGCAGCGGGCAGAUCAGCACGACAAGGGCAUCGUGGACAUUGUGCGGGGAGUGACGGGGGAUGCGCCACGGGACACCAUACUCAUGAUGCUCCAAAUGCUUCCCCUCAGCUUAAAGGACUCCCCCUACGCUGAAAAAUUCUGGGAAGGCCACCGAUAUUUGAAGGAGCGCCAGGAGCAGCACCAGAAGAUUCGAUCCGAGGAACCACGCUUCAAGGAUGUGAAGCUGCCGCACAGCCCCGAAGGACAGAACUUUUAUUCGAACAACCUGGAAGGUGAGCUGAAGGACGAGAAGCUGGUGCUGGAAUUAAUGGAUUCGGAGAUGACCAGGCGGCACCAGCAUCCAGUGGUGUCCUCUGCUAUCGAGCCAGUCGGCGAGAAUCCGCUGAACGAGCGGCAGCAGCAGGCGAUGCGGGAGCGGGCGGAGCUCGAGGAGCACAAGCAACAGGUGACCCAGUGCCGGGAGCGCCGUCGCCAGCGGGAGUUCAGGAAACAAAUGAUCGAGCUGAUCAAGGAGCAGACGGACAACGGUGAUGCCACAGAUGCCAACCUCGGGAUUCAAGCGGACGACGUGAAGCAGGAACGCCAACAGAUCCAACACAAGGAUCCUCUUUUCGCCGUCGUCCCCUCCGAUCCUUGGGAGCAGCUCUGUCGGGAGCGGGAUCGGUUCCAGGCCCACUGCAAGCGCAGCUGCUUCUACAAUCAUUCGCGUAGCUCUGCGCCCUGGAAAUUAUAUGCCAAAGUGGCUGCGAACCUCAGCUCUCAGUUAAUGGAGAGCAUCGAUGUUGAUUUCAAUCGCAGCGUGGCCAGUUACAUCAAGGACUUUGUGGAGGGGGAAAUGACUUUGUAGAAUUACUUCAUAUAUUUAGUGAUUAAUAGCGCCCGAAUCUUCCCGGACAGAGUGCAUCAAAUUUUAAACAGAUUUCUAAGAACAGAACGCAGACACUUUUAAGGUUUAAAUCUUUUCUAAACUAUUGUGAGAAUAAGGGAAUUAGUUGCAUGUCAGUUCCUUCCGAAAAUUGCAAGUGUACAGAAAAUUCUAUAUCUGACAAAUUAUCUAUCUGGUUUCAUAGGAAAUAAAACUAUUGUAUGUAGUAUUUA